AUGAAGGUCCUUUGUCUCCACGGAAAGGGCACUAGCGGCUCAAUCUUUCGCUCCCAAAUUUCCUCCUUCCGCGGCAAGCUUCCCGAGGGCAUCGAAUUCGAUUUCGUCGAUGGACCAUUCAACAGCAAUGCCGCCGCCGGUAUAGACCUAUUUUACGACCCGCCAUACUAUUCCUGGUGGGAAAACGACAGCAUAGACGACAUUCGCAGUGCCUGCGAAUGGCUGAACGAAUACGUCGCCAAGAAUGGCCCCUACGAUGUCGGUCUGAUGUUUUCACAAGGCUGUGUGCUAGGCUCUAGUGCCCUCCUGAUCCACCAGGAGGAGACACCACAUCUCCCGCCACCUUUUAAAUCCGCUAUCUUCGUCUGUGGGGGUCCUUCAUCAACCGUGCUCGAAGAAAUGGGGUUCCAUGUGUCGGCGGAAGCGCGUGAGCGCGAUAUUGCCUCUCGAAAAGCACUCGCCCUACAGGCUGGAUCGUCUGCUGUCUUGGCCCGGGGCUCCGAUCGGUGGACAGGCCUCCCGUCGCUGAAUAGUGGACUUUCGGAUGACCAGUUGCGAGAAGAGAUAACUAGUCCUUACCGCAUUGACAUUCCCACGGUGCAUAUCUACGGGUCCAAAGAUCCUCGCUAUGCGUCUGGUGUGCACCUUUCUGGAAUCUGCAACCCUGCCAAACGCCGGACUUUCAACCACGAGGGUGGACACGAGAUUCCGAGGACGGCUGCCGUGAGCAACUCUAUCGCAGGACUUUUCAAAUGGGUAAUCGAACAAGGCGACGCUCAAUGA